GUCUAAAACACAAACUCGUUCAGUAAUAAAUACUUAACAGGCACAAAACUCUGAAGCCAUAAAUGAUAAUGUGUACGUCAUCAUUCCAUUUCCUCUGCGCAGACCUUUCCGCAGCAGCAUUCAACAGCUUGUUCUAUAGCAUUCGGACGCAGUAAAUUUCUGAAAUGACACUACAUACAGCGAUAUUAUUGCUAGCAUACUUUAUUUUUUCCAUGAUUCCAGGCAGACAAAAUCAGAAUGUUUGUGAAAUAUCUCAAUAUUUUGAAAGAUCUGAUUUUUUGUGGAGGACUUCAGGCAGCAUCUUUCAAUGCAUUUCAAAGUGCAGUUCUGCACAAAAAAUUACUACGGACGAUGCAUCUCUAAGACCGAAAUUUGUGGAGCGCAUUUUUUCUCCAUCUAGACGCGUCAUUGACUGCCAAAAAGAGAUGAGGUAUGUUGCUUCAUUUUGCAAAUCAAAAAUUAGGGGAUUGGAAUUAAAUCAGGCCGGUGAUGUGCCUCUAUUUUAUUUCCCACUUUUUGUAAAGGCGAACAAGUACAUGGCUGAAAGAUUUUGUGUUAGGCAAGGUCUAAAUUUCGGCAUCAAUGAAACUAUGAUUGACAAAAUCACAAAUGGUUUAACUGAUAUCAAAGUAUGGGCGACCUAUGUGCAGAUAGCAAAAAAUAAGUCCGAUCCGCAAUUCAAAACUCCUGGAAUUGUAUGCACUAUUUUUCACAAACAAAACAAUACUGUCGUAAUAAAAAAUGAGAGCUGUUCCAGUGAAAACAACUUUGUCUGCACCUUACCAGAAAUUUGUCAUUUGAACAAAUGCAGCUCCAAAUGCUUGAAUGGAAAUUGCGCUACUGAGAGGGCUGCGGAAGACUGUGAUGCAAACUGUACAAAAGUUGACUGUUCUGAGGAGCCUGGCGAUAAAUUUGGAUUUGUGCAAAGUGAUGGGGAAUUAGUUCAAAUGUGUGGCUUUGAGUACUUUUUCCCCAAAGUAUCCAAGUACUCUUUGAAGGCUUCGCAAACGUUCUGCUGCCUUAGAAAUAUGGAGGUGGCAAGUUUUAUGUCCGUCGAAGAAAUGACAUGUUUUGCCAACGAAUCAGCCAAACGGAACAUGACGGGCGCCUCAUAUUGGACUUCCGCUCGCCUCACCACGUGCCCAAACACUUUUGUUUGGUGCUCAGGAAAUCCAGAAAUUGUUGACCAAAGUUACCUUCCAUGGAAAUCGACGAAUCCGUUUGUUGGAGUCAAACCGAUGGCAACCCCCAAUGUUUCUCUCUCUUGGGAAUUCGAGGAUGGCUUGGGGACGAAAAGGGCGCUUUGCAAGCGACCCAUCCCAUCACUGUGUAAAAGUUCGUCGUGUUUCCCUGUUGGAUGCAAAACUGAAGCCAAGUCAAACGCGGAUAAUAAAGGAAAGUCUUUCUACAGAUUAGGUUGCGCGCUUUUGAAAGGAUGCAAAAAAGAAUUUACUGUUUGUUUGGGUUCUGGUAAUAAGUUUUCUUACUACCAAAGUGCAAAAUGGGCAUGCGGGGAUUUUUACAAUUACAAAUUAAUAUCUUUUGAGACGAAAGAAAAACUAGAUUGCGUUUUAGAGCUUUUUAAAGCUUACAAUAUGACCAACAGUAGAUUUUACGUUUCGGCAACUUCACUAGGAUGCGUGAAUUCGCUCAGGUGGUGCAACUACGUGGACAAUCCGUUGGUCCAGGACUCCUACAUUAAAUGGGCAAAAGGAGAACCGUCGACAGACCCAUCUAAGGAGUGCGUCUACGUCGACUAUGAUUCUGCCAAGAAAGAGUUUACUUUUGCAAAAACUAACUGCAAAGCAGAGUUUAACUUUAUGACUGAAAGUCUGUCAACCUUUGAAAGUAAUACAUUAGGAAUAAAAUAGAUCAUCAAUUUUUGAAAAUUAUAUAUCGACUAUUUUAAUGAAAUUUCUCAA